AUGAAAUCUCUAAAAAUUAACAAUCAAUUUAUCAUAUCUCGUAAACUAGCUUCUGGUAGUUUUGGAUUUGUGAUGUUAGCCUUUGAUUAAAAGACUGGAUAACAAGUUGCUAUUAAAUUUGAAAAACCUGAAAAUGAACAUCAUCACUCUUUAUAAAAAGAAAUUGAUAUUAUUAGACGAUUAGAAGGUGUACAAGGGGUACCAUAACUUAUUUAUGCUGGUUAAGAAGAUAAUUUAAAUAUCCUUGUUUUAUAACUAUUAUCUAAAGAUUUAUCAACUUUGAUAAAAAAAUAAAAGCAAUUUACUCUAAAAACUACAUUACAAAUAGCAAUAUAAUUAGUUGAACUAUUUUACUAAAUUCAUCAAAAAGGUGUAUUACAUAGAGAUAUUAAACCUGAAAAUAUUAUGAUUGAUGAAAAUAAUAGAUUCUAUCUUAUUGAUUUUGGAAUUAGUAAAAUUUUUCUUAAAAAAAAUGGAUCUAUUUUGUACAAUAUUCAUAUAAUUAGACCAUUUAAAGAUAGAUAACCAUUUAUUGGUACUUCUCGAUAUGCAUCUAUUGCAGCACAUAAAGGCAAUGAAUUAGGUAGAAAAGAUGACCUUGAAUCCAUGUUUUAUGUCUUGUUAUACUUUAUAUAUGGGUAUAAAUAAUGUUCAAUAUCAGUAAAUUACCUUGGUAAAACAUUAAGCAUAUUCCAAAUGAUUAAAAAAUUGAAUAAGUAGGAGAUAUGAAACUAUUAAAAACAAAUGAAUUAUUAAAUGAUCUUCCAAUUGAAUUUAAAAAGAUUUAUGAGUAAUAAAAUUAUUUAAAUUAUGGAGAUAUUUAAGAAAACUAAAUUAUGCAAAUCAACCAGACUACACAGCAAUAAUUAAGCUUUUUUAGUAAGCAGCUAAAAAUUCGAAAAUAACAAUAGACACUAUGUUUGAUUGGGAUUUAUAAAACACAACAUAGACAGCAAAUUUUUCUCGUUUCGGAACUAUAUAAUUUGAAGAUAAUUUUUAAUUGGAUAAACUCUCUUCCAAUUAAAUAAUGUAAGAUUCAUUAUCAAAUUAAUUUAGCCAUUUAAAGACUUAAUCUGCUAGUCCUGUAAAACGCAGAACUGUUGGCUCAUCAUUGAUGAAUUAACAUCAGCCUUUUCUUAAGAUUAUUUAAGAUUAAAAAAGUAAAGAAGGGUUCAGUUAAGUUUCAAUAAAUGAGAUGAGUGAAGAUUCAGAAUAUAUUAUUCCAAACGAAUGUGAAAAUCAUUCUAAUAUUCGUGUGAGAACUAUGCCGGAUGAAAUAAAAAAACCUUAAAUAAAACCUCUAUAAUAAAACCAAACAUUAUGUUUAGAUGAUGAAUGGUUAAUAGAAUCUGAUAAAAAUUUAGUAGAUAAUUAUAAAAACUUAGAAUCUAUAAGUUAUUAAAUUACUACUAUUUUUCAGAAUAAAUUAAAAUGA